CAACAACUGGGCAGCACUAUGACUGACUUUUUGUCCUUUACUUAGCACUCAAGAGUGAACCAUCAAGGCAACUCCCCUGAUCACAACAUGAACAGCUCGACGGCUCUGAGCGCAAGAUGAGGAUUUACCACUGUGUUUUGUUGACUUCCCGACAACUAUAAAUUCAAAACGAUAUCCCACCGCAACAAAACGGGAGACGCACCUCGAUGUUCCAGGUGCAAUCACAGCAGCGUGAAAAUGAGGCUCAGAAACAAACAAGUCACUGCCAGAACAUAGGAGCUAUGGAGGUGCGGUCCUACACAGGCAGUGAGGUUUACGACAACUCCACUGAGGGACUUAACGGCUCUUCUGUUCGAGGCUUUGGCCUGGCGGGAGAGGACUACGACCACGCCAGUCACUACGCAAUCAGCCUCUUCCUGUCCUGCCUCUACACCAUCUUCCUCUUCCCCGUGGGCUUCAUCGGGAACAUCCUCAUCAUCGUCGUGAACUUGAGCCGCCGGGGCCGCAUGACCGCUCCAGACCUGUACUUCGUCAACCUGGCCGUCGCCGACCUGGUCCUGGUGGCCGACUCUCUGAUCGAGGUGUUCAACCUGAGCGAGAAGUACUACGACAUGGCGGCCCUGUGCACGUUCAUGGCCCUCUUCUUCCAGGUCAACAUGUACAGCAGCGUCUUCUUCCUCACCUGGAUGAGCUUCGACAGGCUGUUGGUCUUGGCGGGCUCCACGCGCCUGGGCCGGAGCAUGCCCCGCGCCCGCCUCAGCUGCUGUCUGAUCUGGGCGCUGUCCGCCUUGCUCACCCUGCUGCCCUUCACCGCCGCCCAGAUCCAGCACGCCGGCGAGCUCCACUUCUGCUUCGCCAACGUGUCGCAGAUCCAGUGGCUGGAGGUGACGCUGGGUUUCCUGGUGCCGUUCUGCGUGCUGGGCGUGUGCUACUGGAAGAUAGCACGGCUGCUGGCGCGCGCCCAGCGGGAGAACGGAGCGCUGCGGCGCCGACACCAGCCGCGGAGGCAGAAGACCCUGAGGAUAAUCGCGGCGGCGGUGCUGGUGUUCUUCCUGUGCUGGCUACCGGAGAACGUGUUUGUGAGCGUCCACCUGCUGAGGGGGGACUCUGAGGGGACCCUCUGGCACGACUAUCCUCUCACGGCACACAUUGUCAACCUGGCGGCCUUCGCCAACAGCUGCCUGAACCCCCUCAUCUACAGUUUCGUAGGGGACACGUUCCAGGACAAGGUAAGGCUCUUCGUGCAGGAGAACGCCAACUGGGCCAACGCCAACAAGCUGCAUAGACUGCACUCCACUAACUCCAACAGCCUGCAGGGUCCAAGCUCCUGUAGGCGCUUGACGUUCAGAACCUCGACGCACCUUUUUCAGAGCUCCAACUGCCAUCCCAAAGACACACACUGUGGCUCAGACUCUAACUCGCCCCAGCUCAACAACAAAACCUAUCCUCUGGACGAAUAGGUGACUUGCUAUGGACAAUUUAUAGGAUGGCUAUAAACUUUAUUGACUUUGUCUUAACAUGUAGUGCUUAAAAGCAGAGUACUACCUCUCUAUAUCUAGAGACUCUGCUGGGUGUAAACAAGACAACUACUCACUAAAAUAGUGAGGUGCUGAGGACAAUCACUCUUAUUUAUCUGAGUUAACUUGAAAAUCAAUUAGAUUCAAUGAUCAGUGGAUUACCGUUUUCGAAAUCACAGCUAUGGAAUUUUGCUUUAAUCCUCUUACCAAUACAGUUUCUCAAAUGAGAAGAGUCCAGCCCCACCUAGUGGGGCAGCAAUACUGUAUUAUAACUGAUUCAAAAAGCAACCUAUACUUGAAAAUCAAUAAACUGG